UGGUGGGUGGGUCCCGGGGUGGGAGGCACGGACUCGGCCUCGGGGGCCCGCCCCGGGCUCCGUCAUGGCGUCGCAGGCUCGGCCCUCUCGCUGCGGAGGUGGCCGCGUCCCAGCUGGGUUGGCCUGGGUGACCGGCUGCGGCCUCCGGGGCCCGGCGCCCCCAUUUUCUCUCCCUCAGAGGCGGGGAGACGGCGGGCCGCGUCUAGAAAGGCUCAUUGGUUCAGUCGUUCAUUCAUUCCUCCCAAACUCUGGGGGUCCCGCUCGUGAGGAUUUAACGGCGCCCAGCGCUGCAUCGGGCCCUUCCCCUUUUUCGAACCGGUUCAGCCCCCAUAGCAGCCCCUUUACUAGCUGCCCAUUCCAUAGUUGGGGAAACAGGGGCACAGAAAGCUUAGGAUCGUGGCAAAAUAACAUGGCAGCCAGACGAAUUACACAGGAGACUUUUGAUGCUGUGUUACAAGAAAAAGCCAAACGAUACCACGUGGAUACCAGUGGUGAGGCUGUAAGCGACACUCUUCAGUUCAAAGCUCAAGAUCUCUUAAGGGCAGUCCCAAGAUCCAGAGCAGAGAUGUAUGAUGACGUUCACAGCGAUGGCAGAUACUCCCUCAGUGGAUCUGUAGCUCACUCUCGAGACGCUGGAAGAGAAGGCCUGCGAAGUGACGUAUUUCCAGGGCCUUCCUUUAGAUCAAGCAACCCUUCCAUCAGUGACGACAGCUACUUUCGCAAAGAGUGUGGCCGGGAUCUGGAAUUUUCUCACUCUGAUUCCCGGGAGCAGGUCAUUGGCCACCGGAAAUUGGGACAUUUCCGUUCUCAGGACUGGAAAUUUACGCUCCGUGGUUCUUGGGAGCAAGACUUUGGCCAGCCAAUUUCUCAAGAGUCCUCUUGGUCACAGGAGUAUAAUUUUGGUCCCUCUGCAGUUCUGGGGGACUUUGGAUCUUCCAGGCUGAUGGAGAAAGAGUGUUUGGAGAAGGAGAGUCGGGAUUAUGACGUGGACCAUCCCGGGGAGGCUGACUCCGUGCUCAGGGGCAGCAGCCAAGUCCAGGCCAGAGGCCGAGCUCUAAACAUAGUUGACCAGGAAGGUUCCCUCCUAGGAAAGGGGGAGACUCAGGGCCUGCUCACAGCUAAGGGGGGUGUUGGGAAACUUGUCACCUUGAGAAAUGUGAGCACAAAAAAAAUACCCACCAUGAAUCGUAUUACUCCUAAAACUCAGGGCACUAACCAAAUCCAGAAAACCACUCCAAGUCCUGAUGUGACCCUGGUGACAAACCCAGGGACAGAAGAUAUCCAGUUCCCCAUUCAGAAGAUCCCUCUGGGGCUGGAUCUGAAGAAUCUUCGGCUCCCCAGAAGAAAGAUGAGCUUCGACAUCAUAGAUAAGUCUGAUGUUUUUUCAAGAUUUGGGAUAGAAAUAAUCAAAUGGGCAGGAUUCCACACUAUAAAAGAUGAUAUUAAAUUUUCCCAACUUUUCCAGACUCUCUUUGAACUUGAAACAGAAACCUGUGCUAAAAUGCUCGCCUCAUUCAAAUGUUCCUUAAAACCAGAGCACAGAGAUUUUUGCUUUUUUACUAUCAAAUUUUUAAAGCACUCUGCUUUGAAAACACCCAGAGUUGAUAAUGAGUUUUUAAACAUGCUUUUAGACAAAGGUGCUGUGAAGACCAAAAAUUGCUUUUUUGAAAUUAUAAAGCCCUUUGACAAGUACAUAAUGAGACUUCAAGACCGGCUUCUGAAGAGUGUCACACCUUUGCUUAUGGCCUGCAAUGCCUAUGAGCUGAGUGUCAAGAUGAAGACCCUCACUAACCCCCUGGACUUGGCUCUUGCCCUGGAAACCACCAAUUCUCUCUGCCGGAAGUCUCUGGCCCUUCUGGGGCAGACAUUUUCCUUGGCCUCUUCUUUCCGGCAAGAAAAAAUCUUAGAAGCUGUCGGCCUGCAAGAUAUAGCUCCCUCUCCUGCUGCAUUUCCAAACUUCGAAGACUCCACUUUGUUUGGGAGAGAGUACAUAGACCACCUGAAGGCCUGGCUGGUCAGCAGCGGGUGUCCCCUCCAGGUUAAGAAAGCCGAACCAGAGCCGGCACGAGAGGAGGAGAAAAUGAUUCCUUCUAUCAAACCCGAAAUUCAGGCCAAGGCCCCAAGUAGUCUCAGUGAUGCUGUCCCUCAGCGAGCAGAUCACAAGGUAGUGGGGACCAUCGACCAGCUUGUGAAACGUGUCAUCGAAGGCAGCCUGUCUCCCAAAGAGAGAACUCUUCUCAAGGAGGACCCUGCUUACUGGUUUUUGUCUGAUGAAAAUAGCCUGGAGUAUAAAUACUACAAGCUGAAGUUGGCAGAAAUGCAGCGGAUGAGCCACAACUUGCGAGGAGCCGACCAGAAGCCGACCUCGGCAGAGUGUGCGGUGCGGGCCAUGCUGUAUGCCCGGGCUGUUCGCAACCUCAAGAAGAAACUGCUGCCAUGGCAGCGGCGGGGGCUCCUCCAUGCUCAAGGUCUCCGGGGCUGGAAGGCGAGGAGAGCAACCACCGGGACCCAGACCCUCCUAUCCUCAGGAACCAGGCUGAAACACCAUGGCCGGCAGGCUCCAGGCCUCUCGCAGGCAAAGCCAUCCCUGCGAGACAGAAAUGAUGCUGCCAAGGAUUGCCCUCCAGACCCAGCCAGACCCUCUCCUCAGGACUCCAGCGCAGAAGCCUCAGGCCCAUCCCCCAAGCUAGCAGGAGUGGACAUCUCUGCAGCACCUCAGACCUCUUCUCCCUGCCCAUCUACUGACAUUGACAUGAAGACAUUGGAGACUGCAGAGAAACUGGCUAGAUUUGUUGCUCAGGUGGGACCAGAGAUCGAACAAUUCAGCAUAGAAAACAGCACCGAUAACCCUGACCUGUGGUUUCUACAUGACCAAAAUAGUUCUGCUUUCAAAUUCUAUCGAAAGAAAGUGUUUGAACUAUGUCCGUCAAUUUGUUUCACGUCAUCUCCACACAACCUGCACACCGGUGGCCCUGACACCACGGGUUCUCAGGAGAGCCCGAUGGACCUCAUGGAAGGGGAAGGAGAGUUUGAAGGUGAGCCCCCUCCUCGGGGGGCUGAGCUGGAGAGCCUAGAGGUAAUGCCUGAGGAGGAGGAGGAGGACGACGAUGAGGAUGGUGGAGAGGAGGCCCCUGCUUCUGGAGGGACGGGCAAGUCUGGGGGCAGCACCCCUGCUGACGGCCUUCCCAGUGAGGCUGCCGAGGAGGACCUGGCUGGAGCACCUGCCCUGUCACAGGCCUCCGCAGGUACCUGCUUCCCCCGGAAGAGGAUCAGCAGCAAGUCAUUGAAGGUUGGCAUGAUUCCAGCUCCCAAGAGAGUGUGUCUCAUCCAGGAGCCAAAAGUCCAUGAACCAGUUCGAAUUGCCUAUGACAGGCCUCGGGGUCGUCCCAUGUCCAAAAAGAAGAAACCCAAGGACUUGGACUUCGCCCAGCAGAAGCUCACCGAUAAGAACCUGGGCUUCCAGAUGCUGCAGAAGAUGGGCUGGAAGGAGGGCCAUGGCCUGGGCUCCCUUGGAAAGGGCAUCCGGGAGCCUGUCAGCGUGGGAACCCCCUCGGAAGGGGAAGGGUUGGGUGCUGACGGGCAGGAGCACAAAGAAGACACAUUCGACGUGUUCCGGCAGAGGAUGAUGCAGAUGUACAGACACAAGCGGGCCAACAAAUAGAUCAAAAGCACUGAUGAGAAAGAUAAGCCCUGAAGCAGCAAUUGCCCUUAAAACAGCAUCCCUGCCCUGGAUCGGCCUGGAGCCAGUGCCCAAGGACGGUUUGGUGUGUACGUGACAACACGUCUCUGCAGUCUCUGGGGCGGAGGUUUCGCUGGCUUUUCUUUCUCUCAAAGAAAAAAAAACAUGCACCAUUUUCAAUGUGCUUUUGCCUCUCCUCUCUCUCCACAUGCUUUUAGCAGCAAGUCCCCUCCAAAUCCGUCUUGGUUCCCCUUCAGAAGGUGGUGCUGCCCCUGAAAGGCACCUCAGCCUGUGAGUGCUGAGGAACCAGCUGCUCUGGCUGGUUUUCCAGUCGGACGGGCCGUUGCUCUCCAGAAGUGCUCUGUUAGCAAACGUGAUGUGGAAACGAUCACAGAUGGUGUUUUCUCAUUAUUCUCCAGAAUUUAUACGGGGGAGACAAAUCGGUAAUUACCAAGUCUGCACUCGGGUACCAAAGCUCUGAAGCUCUCUGAACGGUUGCCAUACUUGAUUUGAUGAAUGUGUUAUUCAUGGCAUCUCUUCUCUUAGAUGCAUCUUGAGAGACGUAAUGAAAUUUUAGCAACAGUGUAGAAUAGCUAUCUCGGGUGGGAAGUAAUCGUUAAACUGAGGAAACUGGCCCCAGAUUGACGGCGUCUUUUUAGAAUCCACAGUGUAAGCAAACCACAGUUACCAAGGGGUGGGGUUGUAAGCCCUCCGAGACUUUGCACUUUUCGCAGGUGUGGCUGCAUCAAGUGCUGUCUUAUUACAGCCUUUGUAAGGAGAGGCAGGCUCCUCCUGGGGUGGGCUCUGCAGCUGCUCCAUUUCCAGGCGUGUGAUCGCUGCCACUCCAGAUUCUCCAGCACUCCACUGCCUGUAACUACUCAAUUCUCCACUCAUUCUUCCUCGUAAAGCAGCAUUGAAGUUUUAAGUACAGGCAAAAUCUGGAAAACUUAGGAUCCUCCUCACACCACAGGAUUAGGGAACACAGCAAUGGCUAGGGCAUCAGCCACAGAAUUGAGCGGGAAAUGCCACUUGUGUUGGUUGUAAAAAAUCCUGGCUUUGGCCAGGCACAGUGGCGCAAGCCUGUAAUCCCAGCACUUUGAGUGGCCAGGGCAGGUGGAUCACCUGAGGUCAGGAGUUCAAGAUCAGCCUGGCCAACAUGGUGAAAGCCCGUCUCUACUAAAACAAAAAAUUAGCCGGGCGUGGUGGUGGGCACCUGUAAUCUCAGCUACUCAGAAGGCUGGGGCAGGAAAAUCACUUGAACCCAGGAGGCAGAGGUUGCAGUGAGCUGAGAUCAUGCCAUUGCACGCCUGGACAACAGGAGUGAAACCCCAUCUCAAAAAAAGAAAAAAUAAAUCCUGGCUUUCUUUAAGCCAUAGACCUCCUAGGCUAUGGUCACAGCUCCUUGUCUGCCUGGUCCCCAUCACCUUGCAGUGCCACCACCCCUGGGGGCUCUGCUUGCUUCUGUAGCUUUGGCAACUGGCAGAUGUUUAUGGCAGUUUAGGUGCCAGCAUGGAGGAUGGGGCUUGGGUUUGUAACCCAGCUCUCAAACAAACCAGCCUGUGGGGGCCCGGAGUAAAGCUGGUCUUGGGGAACCACAGGUACAGGGGUUCAUCUCCUUUCUUUCCUGACCCCUCCGACAGCUUCCGUGUUGGCCGCGGGUCAGGUGAAUGGAUGGAGCUCCGAGUGGGGCUCAGCUCAUUGGCACACACACCCACAGCGCGGAUCGAACGCUCUCUCCAGCAUCGCUCUGACCAUUCCAUGUGCUUUGUCCUGGCAUGUUCAUUCUUCACUUUCUCCACUUCGUUUUACUGAAAAGUUAAAUGCUUUAGGAAUCUGUGGUGUGUGGGCUCUGAGCACCGCCGCCUGCUGCUCCUUCAAAGUUUGAGCUGAGAUGGUUCCGUGAGCCCUUGGCAAGGGUCCAAGGGGAUGCCUCCUUGGGCUUAGACAGUCCCUACACUCUCAGGGGGUGCCUCUCCUGUGGACUCAGCGUAUCCACUGUUGGGGCAGUGAAGGUGUCAGGAGCCAGCAGAGCGUGGUGCGUGCUGCCAGCUGCCGGCCGGCCGGGAUGGAGAUGCCACUGGCCCUCCAUGUCCCCAGCCUCUCCCUCUUCACCGAGGCUGCUCUUGCUCUCUGCAGGAUCCUUGCGUCGCAUAUGAUGUGUGGUAGCAUAGCCGUGUCAGAAUCACAGUGUGUUUUCUGUCGUUCUAGUUCCAGGGUCGCCCCCGAGAGGACGACAGGCAUCCGGAAGUGCUCUCUCGCCACUCUGGGUGCUCACUGUCUGGCUUGUUUCCAUCACUGGAAAUCACUUAGACAAUUGUAGUGUUUUUGGUCCUUGAUAAAGCCUAGAAGACAUUUGUGAUGUUACAAAAUGGAAGUUUUUUUUUUGUUUUUGUUUUUUAAGAUCUAAGAAAUUGUGAAUGUUGUUAAUCAUUUAGACGUUGCAAUAAAUGUAGAGGAAAUGCAGUGUG